AAGAAGUGGCCGUUGGUGCCUUUAGCGAACGAGAAGACACAGAACAGAUUAAUCAUGAAACAAUGUCGCCAACGAUGAUAACCAUCAUACACUGCUUGGCUAUCGGUAUCCUGAUAUUUUGGUGCGGAAAAUGGAUCAUUCAUCUGACUGCGAUCACGUAUGGGAAGAUAAAGCUUCACAAAAAGGCAUCCCAACAGCCCCGAGAAACACCAUAUCCCUCGGUGUCCAUUUUAAAACCGCUGAUGGGGGUCGAUCCGAAUCUGUUAAGCAAUUUGGAAACAUUUUUCCUGAUGGACUACCCGCUUUAUGAGUUGCUGUUCUGCAUCGAAUCCCAGGACGAUCCAGCGAUUGAAAUAGUAAAUCGGCUAUGUGAUAAGUAUCCUAGCAUUGAGGCGAAGCUGCUCGUUGGUGGCUCGAACGUCGGAGUGAAUCCAAAGAUAAACAAUCUCUAUCAAGGGUAUGUGCAGGCACGGUACGAGUUAGUAAUGAUUUCCGACGCAGGCAUUCGCAUGAAGAGCGACACACUUACAGAUAUGGUAAACCAUAUGACAGAGAAGGUUGGUCUUGUACAUCAGAUGCCAUUCGUUUGCGACCGAGAGGGCUUUGCUGCCGCAUUCGAGAAAAUUUACUUCGGCACGGUGCAGUCACGUAUUUACCUGUGUGCCGAUCUGCUCGGCAUCAACUGCCACACGGGAAUGUCGUGCUUAAUGCGAAAGGACGUGCUGGACCAGCUGGGAGGUGUGCAAGCGUUCGGUUGCUAUCUGGCGGAAGAUUUCUUUCUUGCCAAAGCGUUCCACGAUCACAAUUGGAAGUUGACGAUCAGCAGCCAGCCAGCGUGGCAAAACUCUGGGAUUUGUGAUAUUAGCAGCUUUCAGGCACGACUCACACGUUGGGCUAAACUGAGGGUGGCAAUGGUACCGACGACCAUCCUGCUCGAACCGAUGUCAGAGUGCAUCAUCGUGGGCUUGUUUGCGUGUGGUGCUGCCAAAGUACUCUUCCGUUGGAAUCCACUGGUAUUUUUUCUCAUUCACACGCUGGUUUGGUUCUUGUCCGAUUGGCUUCUGCUGUCGAUAAUUCAGAAUGGAGCAUUACCAUUUAACAAAUUCACUUUUUUCGUGGGAUGGGCUUUUCGUGAAAUCAGUGGCCCUUACUUGUUUUUUAACGCCUUGUGGAAUCCAGCGAUAAGAUGGCGAACCCGCGUGUAUAAAUUAGCUUGGGGCGGUGUUGCAUACGAACUUACAUCUCAAAUUAAAUCAUAA